GUCUCUCAUACCCUCAGAAUAUUUAUGACGUCACCGUUUUUGGUGUCAUGACCUUAUUCUGAUACUACCUUAUUCUUAUUUUAACGUUAACUAUAGUUAUUUUGCAAGUGUUGCCUAUGUUUUCUUUUGUCCAACACUGAAAGGUUGGCUUCACUCUUGAAUUUCUGAAAGGUGUUUCCUAUGGCCUUUACCUCUGACUGAUUUGUGAUUUCACACCAUGCGUAAUGGCCCCAUUGUAACCAUCAGCUAUAUCCUUGAAGCCAAAUAACCAUCAGUUGAUGUGCUGUUCUUCACAGCUCAUUUAUGAAGGAAAAUCGUCAUUGUCAUCAUACCUUGCGUAUAGUGUGUUUUACUGCAAGAUAUUGGGGUUUGGAUAUGCUUAGGUUUUACGCAUGGUUGGAGAGCAUAAGUGUUUUCAAUAUUCUGUGUGUCGUUUACACGUAUGAACUCAGAGGGCCGCUGUUGGUCAGUGUGUUGCAGUUUUGGAGCAGUUUUGCAGCAGUACCUCCCCCAUCAUGUCGAUAUAUUAGAGAGAGAAAGAGCCGCACGCAGAGCGCACAGUCCGGGUUACAGAGAACACUAAGCACCGAGACACCGAGCUGAGAUUCUUUUGUUCUGGAUUUUGGGCACUGAAACAAAUGGAAUAUUACUGAUUUCUUAACGGAUUAUAACGUAAGGUGUUUUAUAUCCCAGAGAAAAUUUCGGACAGAACAAUGACACGGCAAGUACUGUUGUUUAUCUCGGUCCUCUCUCUCAGUUCAGUACACGGGCAGGUCAGUUACUCCAUUCCCGAGGAAAUGGCGAAAGGCUCUUUAGUCGGUAACAUAGCGCAGGAUCUGGGUUUAGAUAUAAAAAGACUGAUAUCAGGUAAAGCUCGUAUUUAUACUGGAGACAACGCAGAGUACAUCGAGCUGAAUAAAGAAAGGGGAGUUCUCCUCAUCAAAGACAGAAUAGACCGUGAAGCGCUUUGUGAACAGACGACGCCUUGUGCACUGCAUUUCCAAAUUACUUUAGAAAACCCGAUGGAAUUAUACCCGGUAACUGUAGAGAUUACAGAUGUAAACGACAACGCUCCCACUUUUCAAAAGACUGAGCGACGUUUGGAAAUCAGCGAGUCAGCUGUGACUGGAUCGAAAUUUAUGUUAGAGAAAGCAGUGGAUCCAGACAUUGGUUUAAAUGGCCUCCAAAGCUACUCACUGAAACACGCUGAUCAUUUUGUUUUGAAAUUGCAUAGUCAGGCAGAUGGGAGUAAAAAGGUUGAGAUGGUUUUACAGAAACCUCUAGACCGAGAGAAACAGGAGCAUAUGUCUCUGUUGUUGACUGCUCUGGAUGGAGGGGAGCCUCUGCUAUCAGGGACAAUGCAGAUACACGUCACAGUGCUGGAUGCAAACGACAAUGCGCCCGUUUUUACCAAACCAGUGUAUAAGGCAACAAUAAGUGAGAAUUCACAAAAAGGAACGUUUGUCACGACAGUUAGUGCGUCUGAUGCAGAUAAAGGCACAAAUGGAGAAGUGUCUUACGUGAUUGCAAAUAGCAUGAACCGUCUUUCAACGUUAUUCCACAUAAAUGAAGAUGGUCAUUUGAUAUUAGAUGGACAAGUUGAUUAUGAAAAAUUCAGAAGUUAUCAGAUUGAUAUAGAAGCCAUAGAUAAUGGUGGUCUCUCGGACUCAAGUAAAAUAAUAAUUGAUGUCAGUGACGUAAAUGACAAUAGUCCUCUAAUCAAUUUGAUUUCCAAAUCUGGUAUAAUACCAGAGGAUUCCCGUCCUAACACAGUAAUAGCUAUGAUGAGCGUAAACGACCGUGAUUCUGAGAGUAAUGGUAAAGUUAACUGUGGCAUAAAUGAGAACAUCCCUUUCACCAUUACAUCUACAUCUAAUGGAUUCUAUAGUCUAGUAACUGAUAGUGGCUUGGACCGAGAGAGAGCGUCUGAGUAUAACAUCAGUGUGACGUGCUCUGAUGAGGGAGUGCCCUCGCUCUCCAGCAGCGUCACUCUCACCUUACAGAUAUCAGAUGUGAAUGACAACGCGCCUGUCUUUGAGAGGAGCUCAUAUGAGGCCUACAUUAUAGAGAACAACACACCGGGUCUCUCUAUAUUCACAGUGAAAGCCAGAGACGCUGACUGGAACCAGAAUGCCCGUGUUUCUUACAUACUGGAGGAUUCCUCGGUUAACGGAGUGCCUGUCUCAUCAUAUGUGUCCGUUACUGCUGAUAGUGGAGUCAUCCAUUCAGUGCGCUCUUUUGACUACGAGCAGAUCAAGGAUUUCCAGUUCCGCGUAAAAGCGCAGGAUGGAGGCUCUCCUCCACUCAGUAGCAAUGCGACUGUGAAAAUAAUGAUCCAGGACCAGAAUGACAACGCGCCUCAGGUUCUGUAUCCAGUCCAGACUAGCAGCUCUCUGGUGGCUGAAAUGGUGCCUCGUUCAGCAGAUGUGGGCUAUCUUGUCACUAAAGUGGUGGCUGUUGAUGUGGACUCUGGACAGAAUGCCUGGCUCUCGUAUAAACUGCAGAAAGCGACAGACAGGGCGCUGUUUGAAGUGGGUUUACAGAAUGGAGAAAUAAGAACUGUACGCCAAGUCACUGAUAAAGAUGCUGUGAAACAAAGGCUCACUGUUGUAGUGGAGGACAACGGGCAGCCCUCUCGUUCAGCUACAGUCAAUGUUAACGUGGCGGUGGCGGACAGCUUCCCUGAAGUGCUCUCGGAGUUCACUGACUUUACGCACGACAAGGAGUACAAUGACAACCUGACUUUUUACUUAGUCUUGGCUUUGGCUGUAGUCUCAUUUCUGUUCAUCACAUGUUUAGUGGUUAUUAUAUCAGUGAAAAUAUACAGAUGUAGACAGUCUCGCGUCCUCUAUCAUUCCAAUCUCCCGGUUAUUCCGUAUUAUCCACCGCGUUACGCAGACACUUUGGGGACAGGAACUCUACAGCACGUGUACAAUUACGAGGUGUGCAGGACAACUGACUCCAGAAAGAGUGACUGUAAGUUCGUCAGACCCUGUAGUCAGAACGUACUGAUAAUGGACCCCAGUUCUACAGGGACGAUGCAGCGGAUGCAGAGUGAAAAUAAUAUCCUGGAUGAACCAGAUUCCCCAAUAGAGCAAAAGCCUCCUAACGCCGACUGGCGCUUCACCCAAGGACAAAGACCUGGACCCAGUGGUCCCUGCAACUACCAUGGUGAUCACAUAAGAUGGCCGCAGAAGCGAAGCAUAAGGGCUGGAGGCCCCCCUGAAAUGGCCAUGGGAACCGGACCCUGGCCCAACCCCCCCACCGAGGCCGAGCAGCUCCAAGCCCUGAUGGCCGCCGCCAACGAAGUGAGCGAAGCGACCGCCACCCUGGGACCAGGCACCAUGGGUCUAAGCACCCGUUACAGUCCCCAGUUCACCCUGCAGCACGUGCCCGACUACCGUCAGAACGUCUACAUCCCUGGCAGCACGGCCACCCUGACCUCCAACCCCCAGCAGCAGCAGCAGCAGCAACAGCAGAUGCUGAUGCAGCAGCAAAUGGCAGCCCAACAACAGGCCCUGCAGGCCCAGCCCUCCGAGGCCUCGGCUCAGCCUGAACCCCCCAAGGCUGCCCAGACCCCCGCCUCCAAGAAGAAGUCCACCAAGAAGGAGAAGAAGUAGGAUGGAUGGAAGGACGAACGAUGAAUGGAUAGAUAUGGAGUAUACGAUGAGAAGAGAACAACCCGAUGAGAAAUUAAAUUUAACCACAGGAGGCUGCUGAGGGGAGGAAUGCUCGUAAUGGCCGGAACAGAGCGAAUGGAAUGGCAUCAAAGACAUGGAAACCAUGUGUUUGAUACCAUUCCUCUCCAGCCAUUACCACAAGCCUGUCCUCCCCAAUUAAAGUGCCACCAACCUCCUGUGAAUUGAACCCUCGCUCACCCCCACUUUUCCACACAAUGCGUUUACUCUAACCAUGGUUGGAAUUGUAUUGGUCACGCUCAUAUGAUAACACAAAAUAUGGAGAUGGUUUGGGAAUGUUUGUUUUUGGGCUCUUGAAUCUGGAAAGGGUUGAAGGUUUGCAAACUGCAUGGACAUUUUAUUUAUGUUUUCUUUCUGAAGGCUAGCUAGAAACGGUUGUUUUAGUUUUCUUUCUGAAGGCUAGAUAGAAAUGGUUGUUUUUGUUUUCUUUCUGAAGGCUAGAUGGAAACGGUUGUUUUUGUUUUCUUUCUGAAGGCUAGAUAGAAACGGUUGUUUUUGUUUUCUUUCUGAAGGCUAGCUAGAAACGGUUGUUUUUGUUUUCUUUCUGAAGGCUAGCUAGAAACGGUUGUUUUUGUUUUCUUUCUGAAGGCUAGAUGGAAACGGUUGUUUUUGUUUUCUUUCUGAAGGCUAGAUAGAAACGGUUGUUUUUGUUUUCUUUCUGAAGGCUAGAUAGAAACGGUUGUUUUUGUUUUCUUUCUGAAGGCUAGCUAGAAAUGGUUGUUUUUGUUUUCUUUCUGAAGGCUAGAUAGAAACGGUUGUUUUUGUUUUCUUUCUGAAGGCUAGCUAGAAACGGUUGUUUUUGUUUUCUUUCUGAAGGCUAGAUAGAAACGGUUGUUUUUGGAAAGCCUGUGUUCUGUUCUACUCAACAGCAAAGUAUUAAUGGUAUUUCCUGGUAAGGAAGACUGGAGUUGGGGUGGGGGGGGGGUCAAUUAAUUUGGAUUCACUUCAGACAACAGAUUGAGUGUAAGAAACCUUGCUGGGGUAACAAGGUUCACCCAGUGACGUAUUCACAGGUUGAUAUUUUAACCAUGUUCCCUAAGAUGUUUCAUGUUGGAUUUGUAAUUGUUUAUUUUCCUGAGUUGGAAAGUAGAUCAGUGUUGACUAUAGUAGAUGACUAUAGUAUAGAUUCCUAUAUAGCAGUUCUAAAACCAAUCUGUGCGGCACUCAGUUGAAUAUGAAAAUCCUGACGUGAGCGUCGAGCCUCCACCGCUAUAUAGGAUCAGCCUCAUAGGAUCCUACACCACAGCUCUUUGGAACACAAGGGUAUCGUGUCCACUGGGAGUAUUCUACUCCUCUGCAUGUUCCUAUAGCUUCAAACCACAGACCUUCUAGAAGAUUCAACAAUGCAUUGCUUAAGCGUUGCAAAGAGGACGACCACCUUAACUCCUCUCCGAAAAAUACUGGUUGAUAAAUGCACUUUGUAGCAUUUAUCUGACGUGGUAGCGAAAAAUUAUAAAUAUGAUUUUGUAAGCAUUAGUUAAAUGGUAAGAUUAGAAUAUUUUGUUGUUUUUUAUGACCUUAGCGUGAACCCUAUUAGAGUGAUAGGGCAGAGGGGCAUGUUAUAGUACUAUCAUCAUCCCUAUUGGCUGGCUUGGUGACAUAGUAGGCACUGCCCUUUUUUUAGAACACCAUAGAUGGGCAUAGAGACCACCUGCUGUCCCUGUAUGCCCCCUCCCCUCACUGGCUAUCCCACUUCAACCAUAGGAGAUGAGCUGUAGGGUAAAAAGCCCAAGUAGAGAUCUUCAACAAAUUGCUGAGAAGUUACACUUCCUAGGUCACUAGGCUCCAGAUUGAGUGUUCACCCCUUGCUAUGUAUCCUGAAGUGCAGAUAGUUAUAUUUCUUGAUGUGAUAAGACAUGUUUUUUGACGACUCAGCAGCAUAAGAGUUGUUUAGAAGAUAAGUAGGAAGUCUUUACUUUUCCGUCCGUCUGUCAGGCUCCCACCACAUGAAGAGGCAGCAUGGAGGCAGGGUUCAAGGGGGAGUGGAAAGGGAUGGGGUGCGACGUCUGGGUUGGUACCAUUAGAUUGACUGGGAGGGGGGCAACGACCUUGGCUCUACUCACUGAAUGUACAUAGGCAAGGUCCACCCCUAAACUUCCUCGAAUACACUGACCCAGGUUAGAGGGUGACAGAGCCAAGCCAAGCAUCUCUCCAUGUCACAGAGGAGAUACCACUUCAGAAGAAGGGAGCGGGGACAGAGUUCGCUAGUUCCAUUCCUCGCUGUAUCUAUCCCCUCAGUGUAAAUCCACUCUGGUAAAGCGAACCUCAAGCCUCUGCCCUCCACUCCCUGGUCCAGUGAAGGCUCUUCCCCACUGUAAAUAAACACUGGUCCUGUCGGUGGCAUGAGCCAGUUGUUUGUAUAGUACGGACCACGUCCACCAUUUUCAAGUGAAAAGUCCUCUCUCCACAAGGCGUGGCUUACUACUGGAAUGUGUUGCAUUUGUUUUUCAAGAAAAAUAUGAAAACCGCUGCGAGAAAAAAAGAUCUCUGAAAUGUUCUUCUACAGUUUGUGUUGCAAUGUAGUAACUAAACACCAUGAAGGCCAACUAACUAACUCUUCAGUGUAAAUAAAUAAAGUUGCUAACUUUAGACGAUGAGUAAACAGUGACACACAUAGACUAGUUAACUUGUGAUGUGUUGCGCACAUUUUUUGUGUUCAUUUUCACUCUCUCCAUUUUACCACCCUGUAAAGAAACCAAACAAAAAAAAGUAUAUUGAAAAAAAUGUUUCUAUCCUUCUGUAACCUCUUUACGUUUUCUUUCUGUGAUUCAUAUCGCGCAUUUGUGCAGGAAUGCCUCUCUCUCUCUGUCCAUAUGAACAAAUGAUUAUAAAUAUGAUAUAUAUGUGUAUGUCCGUCUACUGCUGAAUUAAUCCUCUCCCGUGCUGUGGCCUGAUAUCUUUCUUAUGAAACUCUUAACCCCCCCCCUAAUCUCUUAUUUGUUAUGCUAAUAUUUAUAUCGCCGUUUUAUUUUCCCUUGAACACUGACGUUUCAAAUAAAAGGUUCAGAAAUCAUUAAA